UUUCAUUGUUUUAACAAUCAAUGAUAAAAUAUGAAAUUCUACGUGUUGCUAUACUUAAUAUUCAUAAGUUUUAAAAUAAAUUAUUGUACUAGUAAUAUUUCAUCCACGAAAUGUGAGGAAUAUGCAAAAGCAGUUUAUGUUCAAACUAUCAGUCCAGUGCUGUCUCUAAACGCCAAAACAAAUAAUGUAUCCGAAUGUGGAAUCGUGUCAGUGCCUUUAAUAAUAGGCGGAACAGCUGCAACCGAAAAAGAAUUUCCUCACAUGGCUGUGAUUGGAUAUGGGGAAACAGCAGAUUCUCAGCUCGGAUGGGAUUGUGGAGGCACUUUAAUUAGUGAAUUAUAUGUUUUAACAGCUGCUCAUUGCUUGGAAAGUCGAGAAUUAGGACCAUCUCAACUUGUCCGCUUUGGUACUACACAUUUAGAUGAGCCGGAUCCCGAUUUGCAAGAACGUGUAGUUGUUGCAAGAAUCCCUCAUCCAGACUAUAAACCACCGCUAAAAGCCAACGAUAUAGGUUUAAUUAAACUAGAAGAACCCGUAGAAUUCACACCACAUGUAAGACCUGCUUGUUUAAAUACCGCUGAUAUAAAUCCUGGACGAAAAGCACUAGCAUCAGGGUUUGGGAAAUUGUCGUACGAUGCGGAAACCGGGAGUAAAAACUUAAUGAAAGUAUUACUCAAUGUUUAUCCCAACAAUCGAUGCUCGAAAGCAAUACGAGAACAGAUAAAGGACACAAUGCUGUGUGCUGGACAUUUGGAAGGAGGCAAAGAUACUUGUCAGGGAGACUCAGGAGGUCCAUUGCAGAUUGUUUUAGAAAAACCAUACUGUAUGUAUAGUGUUAUUGGAGUUACUUCCUUUGGGAAAUUUUGUGGUUUUGCUAAUGCACCAGCCAUUUAUACAAAAAUUUCCGCUUAUAUUUCUUGGAUUGAAAGUAUUGUAUGGAAAUAAAAAUAAAUGUAUUAUAUAAUAUUUAAUAAUAUUAUAUAAUGAUAUAAA